CAAGAAUCAAACCAAACCAACACAAACACAAAUAACAAUCGCUAAAUAGUGGUUCUUUCAAAUCCUUUUCGUUAAAUCGCAGUCACUUUGAUUCGCAUCACAAUACAAAAGAAACUGGUUUCGAUGGUGAAAGCUCAGAAUCCGCAGCGUGGGGAAUCAACCGCACCCUUAAUUCCACAGGGAGAUGGUUUGACAAAUGAUGGACUUCUGCCUCAUUUAUUUUCAUCUUUACCAGCUCUCAAUGAAGCUGCUUCUUAUCUUGCACAAACAACAUCAUACUUAACUGGUUGUUUCUCUGAUUAUUCAGUAGAACAUUCCUCUAGAUAUUCUGGUGCUUCUGACAUUCGUGCACAAGAGCUUGUGACCUUUCCUUCUGCAGAACCUGAAGCAUCUUCAUCUACUGAAAUCAAUCAUAUUACUUCAAAUAGAAACCAUGUAACAAGUGUUGAAUCAUCUAAUGCUGCAACUUUUGCACCUCCACAUAUUCAUGAUGAAAUCACAAGGACUUCUGGUGAAGAUCCAUUACAAAAUGCCAGUGCACUUGUUGAAUCAAAUAAUACUGGACAAAGUGGCAUUUCCAUUUUCCAAGGCCUGAUUGAUCGUGCUCGAAGGACUGUGCGUGGAUCUGCAGAUGAUAUAGGAUGGCUUCAACGUGCUCCGGGGAUGCCUCCAGUUGAAGAAGGAACCGAGAGGUUCCUGGAAAUUCUUGACAGUAUCAGGCAUGGAGUUCACAGGUUACCAAAUUCGAUUGUUUAUCUGUUGAUUCCAGGUCUGUUCAGUAAUCAUGGUCCGCUUUACUUUGUCAAUACGAAAGUCAGUUUCUCAAAACUGGGUUUGGUCUGUCAUAUUGCAAAGAUUCAUAGUGAGGCCUCAGUUGAGAAAAAUGCCAGAGAGCUAAAAGAGUAUAUUGAGGAAAUUUAUUGGGGUUCAAAGAAGCGUGUUUUGCUUCUUGGACAUAGCAAGGGAGGAGUAGAUGCCGCAGCUGCUUUAUCAUUGUAUUGGCCUGAUUUGAAAGAUAAAGUUGCUGGAUUGGCAUUAGCGCAAAGUCCCUAUGGUGGUACUCCUAUAGCAUCAGAUCUUCUGCGAGGAGGACAGCUUGGUGAUUAUGUAAAUUUACGGAAACUUACUGAGAUUAUUAUCUGUAAAGUUAUUAAGGGUGACAUGCGAGCCUUAGAAGACUUGACAUAUGAAAGGCGGAGAGAAUUUUUAGAGAACCAUCAUCUGCCAGAAGAAGUGCCUAUUGUUUCCUUUCGCACUGAAGCUGGCAUUUCCCCUGCUGUUUUAGCCACAUUAUCUCAUGUAGCGCAUGCCGAACUUCCCUCGGUUGCUUCAGCAGGUGAACCUACAAAACUACCCGUGGUGAUGCCCCUUGGUGCUGCUAUGGCUGCUUGUGCGCAGUUGCUGCAGUUGAGGUAUGGUGAGAAGAGUGAUGGACUUGUGACAUGCAGAGAUGCAGAGGUUCCAGGAUCUGUUGUGGUGCGACCUAAACGAAAAUUGGACCAUGCUUGGAUGGUUUAUUCAUCGCUAAAUGAUGACCUUUCUGAAGGAGAUGCAUCUCAGGUGUGUGAGGCUCUAUUGACUCUACUUGUUGAAGUUGGGCAGAAGAAGAUGCAUGAGUUAGCAAUGAAAGAUGAAUGAAGCAUUGAAGUUUUCUGUUGUACCUGUACAUAUUUUUCUCACCAAAACUCUAUUCAAUUUUUUUAUUUUUAUAUAUUUUAUCAUCUAGCGGAUAAAAAGGUUGAAGUAGGUCAUAGAUGAGAAUGUACAUUCAUAUAUCCUGUAGAGCGAACAUGGCUCACCUUUUUACUUUCUGACGGUCCAAGCAGAACUAUGUUUCUGUUUUACAUUUUUAAAUUUUUUUCCCAUAAUAUGCAAGGUCAAAAGGGAUAUGCUGAUUGGUACAUUGAAUUAGGCAUGGCAAUGGGGUGGGAAGAGAUUUUUAUUUUUUG